GUGAUCACAUGAUGCAUACAGAAGAAAAUGGCUGACCUGCUGGAUGCUGGCGAUGCAAAGCAGAACGUCAGUGGGCACGAACAUCUCUAUAAAGUGCUUGUCAUUGGAGAAUUUGGCGUGGGUAAGACAUCAAUAAUAAGAAGAUACACAGAAGGUUCCUUUUCGCCAAAUUACAAGUUAACAAUAGGUGUGGAUUUUUCUUUAAAAUCUAUAGACUGGGACUCUAAAACAAAAGUAAAUUUACAACUAUGGGAUAUUGCUGGGCAUGAGAGGUUUGGUCACAUGACUCGAGUAUAUUACAAGUAUGCAAUAGCGGCCAUUAUAGUUUUUGAUUUGUCCAGACCUGCCACAUUUGACUCAGUUUUGAAGUGGUUAAAUGAUGUCAAUUCCAAGGUUAUGUUAGCCAAUGAGCAACCAGUGCCAGUUCUGCUGUUGGCCAAUAAGUGUGACUUGGAUGAGGUUCAGAUAGAUACGACUUACUUGAGCAAGUAUUGCCGGGAACACAACUUCCUUGGAUGGUUCCCAACAUCAGCCAAAACCGGCUUAAAUAUAGAUGAAGCCAUGAAAUAUCUGAUAGAACACAUUUUGACUCUACCGUCGGAAAGCCAGCAACCAGGGGAAGCUAUCAGACUGCAAAGUGUCAUGAUUGAUAAUGAUUCAGACAGUGAAGAUGACCUCACAGAACCGAAGAGCAGAUGCUGCAAGUCAUGAUGUACAAACAUGAACAGUUUCUGAAAACAAAGGUGCUUUUACCCAGUAUUUUGCAGGUAUAAAAAGUGGAUAUUAUGUCACAAUUAUUUAUAAUACAGGAUUGGGAGUUUUUUUAUUCAAGGUAAAAAAUAGCUCUGUUCAUGAUGUAACUUUUUAAACCAUACAUGUUGUUCAGAAACUUCGUGUAACAUUUUUAACUUUCUGUUACCUGUUACAAGUUAAUAUACUAGUCAUUGUACUUGUACAUUAAUACUUAUGUCCAGUAAAGCAGUAAUAUAAGCCCAGUUUGUCAGGAGGCCAGAAGGUUUAAAAUAUGGUGGUGGGGCUGAUUCUUCAAAGCUGUUUCUGACGCAAGUCAAAAUUUAAAAAUUCUUCUCAAUGCUUAGUGUUUGGUACUAGAAAUUAGAAUUUGGACAUAUUUUGCCUUAAGAUGAGGUGUUAUCGAUGAGGUGGGCAAAAUUUUAACUUCUAACAUAUCUAUAGCCCAAAUAUAAGCUUCGAGAUCAUAUUUCAAAUUUUGAUGUACAUGUAAGUGAGAAAUGGCUAUGCAGAAUCAACCCCUGGAGGCUAACAUUGCAGAAUUGUUCCUGACAAUUUUAUUACAACCUUCCACUCCAACCAUGCCAACACUGGCACUGUGUUAAUUAUUAUGUAAUACAAACUCCUCAUCGAAUGGUUAAAAUCAGGGCAGCUAGAAUACAUUUAAUUGAUCUAGGACUUUUUCUCCAUGAUGUUAUAUUGGUUUUUUGCAUAACUGGUGUAAGUCAUUUUUGAUUCAAUCAUUGUUUAAUGCUUUACUGAAGGAUUUCGUGGUUUAUUUUCACAUGCUGGAGUGGAGAAAUCCGGAGCAGCCAUUGGUACAUGUACAUGAAUCACUGCUCUUUUCCAUAUUCUAGAGUUAUUAUGUAGAUUUCCAUUACUGCUAUUAACAAGAUAUCACAAAUGCCCUAAAAUUUCCCCCAGAUAACCCUUAACACAUCGAUUUGCAGGGAGUUAAUUUUUGUGCUAGCACCUCCAUGUCUAGUGUGAAAUAAGUUUAUUCCAUAUGUUGUGCCGAAUUGUUGUGAACUCCUGUCAUUUAUAGUCAAUAACUAAGAUGGAAUCUGAUUGGACCAUGAAUCAUGCAUAUUUAUGAAGGAAAGUUCAGAGCUGUAAAGAGUUAACAUGGCUCAGUAAAUCAAGGUAGAUGAUGUCGGACAUCGCCAGCUUGAUUCAAUGAAGAUGGUUGAAACGAGGCUCAACCGAGAUCAUUGUGGAUUUCUGUCUCCUUAUCAGGGCUAAUUAAGAUACCUCCUCUCUACAUGUCCACUAAAUAACUUCAACAAUUACGUCAUUACAUUUCCACUGUACCCACUCUAAUAAUGAUGUCAUUACAUUUCCACUGUACCCACUCUAAUAAUGAUGUCAUUACAUUUCCACUGUACCCACUUUAGUAAUGAUGUCAUUACAUUUCCAUUGUAUCACUCCAAUCAUUAUGUCAUUACAUUUCCGCUGUAUCAUUCCAAUAAUUAUGUCAUUACAUUUCCACUGUACCCAGGCUGAUAAUUAUGUCAUUACAUUUCCACUGUUCCACUUUCGUAAUUAUGCCAUUACAUUUCCACUGUACCCAUGCUGAUAAUUAUGUCAUUACAUUUCCAUUGUGUCACUCCAAUAAUUAUGUCAUUACAUUUCCGCUGUAUCAUUCCAAUAAUUAUGUCAUUACAUUUCCGCUGUAUCAUUCCAAUAAUUAUGUCAUUACAUUUCCACUGUAUCACUCAAAUAAUUAUGUCAUUACAUUUCCACGGUGCCACUCCAGUAAUUAUGUCAUUACAUGUCCAUUCUACAACUCCAAUAAUUGUUAUUACAUUCCCACUCUACGACUCCAAUAAUUAUGUCAUCAAUAACCUAUUUGGAUUAUGUAAGACAUUAUGCAACAACUGUCUCUGGUAUGCCUUUAACACCAUAGAAGGGCUGUUUUUUCUAGUUUUUUGCGUUGUUUUGGAAGUGGGAAGCUCUUCCAGUAACCUGCUUAUAGUUGUGGGUUUCCCCUGGCUAUGUUGAUUUCUCUUCCACCAUAACCUUGAGUAUGGUGUAAAACCCACAAUCCAAAUACAUAAACCAAGAUUCUUAAUUAUGGGCACUACUGUUGAUUGUAUUUGAUAUUUGUGCAGAUGCAUUAUUUUAAAUACUCUAUUUUAAUUAUAUAGAUGAAUGUAUACGUAUAGAUAUAAAAGUAAGAUUUUUCUGACGUGAAAAAAUGAUAGAAAGAAGAAACAAAUGAGGUUUCUCAACUUUCUGCAUCUUUGUAUUUCGACUGCAGUUUCGAAUGCCUUGAUAAGAACAAGACGUUCAAAACCUCUGUGGGAAUACCAAGAUAAGGUUCAUAUACACUGUGUGAUUGAUUGAUUGACUGUAUACUGCUGGAUUAUUGUAGAGAGCCUCAGGGAAAAGAACAUGGUCAAAUUUGACUGAGAUCAAAUAUUUAUUUUAAUUGUAUGUACAGUUUGCAUGGGUGUAAGUUGAUUGUAUGUAAGUCUCCGUGUUAUUAGUGUGUAUUUGUUAACUGUAUGAAUAGUGAAGUUCACAAUCGUAACCUGUGCAAUUAAUGCUCAUAAUAUCAACUUGCAUGGUUACAGGAACCUAUGUUUUUUUCUUACACAUAGAUAUUUGAGCAAUGGCAGGCUCUUAUCAGUAAAAUAUAACUACUACUAUAGAUACUAGUACAGUAAAACAGGGUGUUUUUUCAAAGGACACUAUACAUUUGGUCAACUUUAAAGUAUUUAAAACUCAAAAUUUAGCUUUCUUCUUUAAAGUGAAUAUAAAGUCAGCCAGUAAGGAUGAAUUAAUUAAUUCAUAAAGCAGAAUUCCAGAAAUGUUCUAAAAGUAUUUUAAAAUUCUACACCUCUUAUCAACAUAAUAAAUAGGAAAUGACCAUCAGUAUCUAGCCACUCAUUUGGUGAUGUCAUUUUUCCAUGUUAUAGCUGUCUAGAGUGAUGUCACAAAACCUAGGAGCUCUCCCGUACUGUGGGUAUUAAACAGUAUGCCAAUGAGAAAAUACAAGCAGAAAUGCCUAAUACCAGGUCAAAGAGUAUCAAUUCUGUCCAAUUUUCAAAGUGUCGAUGUUUCUCUUUGCCUGACGAUCGGUCUGGGCAAUCUUCGUGGGCAUCUUCAAGCGUCUUGCUCUAGCAGUCUUGCUCGUCCUUGCCCUUACACCUUUGACCUGCAUUAGGUUUGGCUGGCUGUAUCGACGUCAGGGCGUUAAACCCCAAGCACUCACUCACUCGACGUCAGGGAAUUUACCGACAAUAGCAGGACCUUUGGAUUUAUAACAGACUCUUUCCUGCAGAUUUCCAGAAGACAUUUUCGUAAUAAAUCUGACUUUGCUAAGGAUAAAUUACACAACGCCACAAUAUUUUUCUUCAAGCAGUGGCUCUCCCUGGGCGGUUUUCUUGCCAUUUCACCCUGACAAGUUACUGCAAUCUUCCGGCCAACAUGUACACGUAAUUGUGACACAGCCAGCCUUUUUCAAUUCCCUGUCCAUAAAUGUUUGGUCCAAAAUGCAUCAGUUUAACACUUAAACUAACCACAAAAUCCAAUUUAUUGCAUUUGUCCACUGUAAGAAACCACGCCGACAAUCAAGAGAUGAUAAGUUUUUUGACGUGACAGCAAUUAUCACGUGACACUCUCAGCGCUUGCGAUUGACCAAGUUCAUAAGGGCUACUACAACAUGGCUACUAGGAGUGAAUUGUCCGUCAGUGCCAUGUCCCCAGCGCUGAACUUCAUCAUCUGGGCUUUCAGAACUUUAUAGAAUUUUUUACACGUUUUUCUGUGAUAACUGUGUCCUAUAUCCUUUUAUCUCUCUAUAUAUAGUGGCAGACUUUGUGUUCACUUUAAGUGGGAAGAAAGAUAAGAAAAUGGAGAAUAAAAAAGUGAAAUUAAAAAAAAAAUGGUCAAAUUUCAUCCCUGAGGGGUUCGAGUAUCCUCAAGAGUUCUGCGAUGUAGUUUUCUUUAAUAGUACAUGCUAGUUGUUCCCAAAGACACAGAUAUGGUGUAAACAUGUUCAGUAAAUGUGAGGUACAUGUGUUGCAUUGUAGGUGUCCUUUAUGUGAUAUUGAUGAGAGUGUCAGUGAUGUAUGAACACUUCUUGAUUUAGGGGCAUCAUUUAUGUAAUCAACGUUCAGUAUUAUUGUAAGUAGAGGCAGUUAUACACCAUAUUUACUUAUACAUGUUCUUUUAUAU